UAAAUUCCUCCUGUUAUCAGGCCUGUCGUCGUGUUUCUGUUCAUGUCAGUUACUUCCCUGCAGAGUGAGACAGUCUGUCUGCUGCCAGCAGUUUCAUCUUUACAGCAGCUCUUAACAAGCGCACAAGCAUUUCUAUCAGUGUGAGCGCUGCAGCCUGGUACAGCAAACAUGAAGGUCGCAUCUUUCAACAUCCAGAAGUUUGGAAAAAACAAAGUGUCAGACCCCGACAUCCUCAACAUCCUGGCUAAGAUCAUUUCUCGAUAUGACAUCAUCGUGAUCCUGGAGGUGGUGGACGUCAGUGGAGAGUCUGUGAAAACCCUCAUGGACGCCCUCAACAAGUCAAACAGGAAGCAUCACUACACUCUGAAGAUCAGCAGCCGCCUGGGCCGAACACGCUACAAGGAGCAGUUCAUGUUCCUGUACAGGGAUGAUAUGGUUGACUUGGUGGGCUCCUAUCAGUUUGAUGACCAGGUCACUGAGGGAGGAGACGUUUUCGCUAGAGAUCCCUACAUCCUGAGAUUCAGAUGCCUCAAUACGGUGCUGAAGGACCUGGUGAUGAUCCCGGUUCACACCAAACCAGAGGACUCGGAUAAGGAGCUGGACGAGCUCUACGAUGUCUUUCAGCACGUCAAGAAGAAGUGGAGGACGGAUAACGUGAUGAUCCUGGGCGACUUCAACGCGGACGGUGCGUACCUCUCCAAGAGAGACAUGAAGAGCAUCCGUAUCCGCAGCGACAAGAACUUCCACUGGCUGAUCGGAGACGACGUCGACACGACGGCGAGCAACCGAAACGACCACACAUACGACAGGAUUGUGGUCUAUGGAGACGACAUGCUCCAGGCCGUGGUGCCAAACUCUGCCAAACCAUUCAACUUCCAGAAGGCGUAUGAACUCAGUGAGGAGCAGGCUUUGAAAGUGAGCGACCAUUAUCCUGUUGAGGUGGAGCUGAAGUCCCUGAUAGAGACACCUGAAGAGGAUGGUAACCAUGGUCUGGAGCACGAGAAGAAGCUCGUGGUCGUGGACGAGGAUCUGCUGGAGCUGAAGAGAGGAAACCUGCUGCUGGAGAGGGAGAAGCUCGGCCUGGAGAUCCAGAUUCUCCGGGCCAAGAUGGCCAAGUUGGUGAGCAGAGAUGAAGUUUGAAACUCAGGAAAGACAAAAACAAACAGAA